CGUGUGUUGUUCAUUUACACACAAAAAAAGUGUUGAAAAUCAACUGCUACAUUGCCAAAGGGAUGCAAAGCUCAAAUUCUGAAGACACAGCUCGUAAAUUUCACCUCCAACUUCCAAGUUCAUCUCCCAGCUAUACACCAUACUUGACAGGCACUGCAGACUGACUGAUGUUAUAACUCUCAGCAAUGGAGUUACUUAGCGCUUUCAACAAAAGAAAAGAUUUAUCAUAACAAGGUUGGAAGUUGUGCUAUGGCAGAAAGAAGUUGUCUAAGGUACAGAUAUCAACUUCAGGAACAUCAAUGAGGAAAACGCUAGCAUGUCAUCUUUGUGUUCAGUGGCAUCCGGCAGUAGUUUCUGCGCAUGUAAAUUUUGCGGUUCAAAAUUUUUGAAGACAACUAGCCAAUGUCAGAUCAUCACCGUUCAUACUGUUACUCAGUUCACUCCUUCUCCUGUAAUCUCCUGCACAGAAAGUGUGCCUCAAGGUGCUAAUAUUUCACAAAUUACAGUCGAUACAGAGCAUGGACAAUCACAGUCAUCUAAUCAAUCAACAUCAUCAACGGUCCUGCGAGAUGUACAUAUUUCAGCAAAUUUAAUGGAAGAUUUCCUUGAGCUUGCUAAAGACAAUACAGAGAAGGAUCUAGAAACAUGUGGGACUCUUGGCGCCUUUCUGAAAAAUGGAACAUUCUAUGUGACAACUCUAAUCAUACCCAAACAGGAAUGCACUUCCAACUCUUGCCAGGCAACAAAUGACGAGGAAGUUUUCUCCAUACAAAACGAACAAUCACUUUUCCCUGUAGGAUGGAUCCAUACACAUCCUUCUCAAAAAUGUUUCAUGUCAUCAGUGGAUUUGCACACUCAUUAUUCAUGUCAGGUUAUGAUACCUGAGGCAUUUGCCGUUGUCAUGGCUCCGACAGAUACCUCAAGGAGCUAUGGAAUAUUUCGUCUAUCCGACCCUGGCGGGAUGAGUGUCCUAAAAGAGUGCCAAGAGCAAGGGUUUCAUCCUCACAAAGAAACCACAGAUGGGAGCCCCAUUUACGAGCACUGCUCUAAUGUCUACACAAACUCAAAUCUGAGGUUUGAAAUCUUUGACUUGCGUUGACAUUUCUGUUCAGAAAUGCAAGACUGUCGACACAUCAAUUAGCAACAGAGCUUGGAUAAGUUGUUGGUAUUUAAUAAUGCAGAUUGAAAAAAAAAAUGUAUAUGCAUAAUUAACCAGUGUAAAUAACGUUUUGAAAGUAAUAAAAAGAACAAGCAAGAACAAAUUGUGGGUCUCA